GAUCACCAAGCCUUAAGUCAACUACCUCGCGUCCUCGAAGGUACCCUCGGCGUGACUAUAGAUACUAAGAGUUUAAGAGUAUACUUAUUAAAGCAAUCGAUAAUAUACCUAUUAUACCUCUAUCACGACAAUGUUUUCAAGAACGUCCGAAAUAUAGUUGACCAUAAAAUCCAACUAUUACGAAACAAAACCCGAGCGCUAUAG